GACUUUUGUUGACGUUUCAGCUUUUUCUGAUUGCACCUGGAACAGAGUCUAUUUCAUAUCUUUAUCUUACCGAUUGAUAACAAAGAUGGGCAGUGAUUGGGACGAGAUCAAGCGCUUGGCCGCCGACUUUCAAAAGGCGCAGCUGACGUCGACUCUGCAGAAGCUCUCGGAGCGAAACUGCGUGGAGAUCGUCACUCUGCUGUUGGAGAAGCAGAUGCUGGAGGUGGUGUUUACCAACGAUGGCAAGGAGUACAUCACCCCGGAUCACCUGGAGCGGGAGAUCCAGGACGAAUUGUAUGUUAACGGAGGACGUGCCAACUUGGUGGAGGUCAGCAAAACCCUGAAUGUGGAUUUGUCCCGAAUCGUGGGCCUAGCCGAGCGGAUAGCGGCAGAGAACCCGAGCAUACACCUGGUACUGGGACAGCUCAUCGACGAGGACUACAUCAGCCACAUUGCCCAGGAGAUUAACGAGAAGCUCGCGCUUCGAGGGGAGGUCUCCAUAUCGGAAUUGGCAUCCCAGUUCGACCUGCCGUCGGACUUCCUGCAACACGACGUGGUGGAAAAGCACCUUGGCAAAAUCAUCAAGGGUCGCCAGGAUGCCACCAAUCCGCGUGUGUUUUUCACGCAGGCCUACAUCCAACGAUGCAAGGCAAAGAUUCGUGGAGCACUGACUGCCAUCACCAGGCCCACCAAUGUGGCUGUGAUCCUGCAGCAGAUCGGAGUGCAGGAGAAGAUCUUCCACUCCCUGCUGGACGAGAUCGCGCCAGCGGGCCAGGUUACCUCCAAACUGGCCAACUCCCAGUAUGUGCCACACAUCUACGCCAAGACGCAGGCCGACUGGGUGAACUCGUUCUACAAGCAAAACAGCUUCCUUGAGUACGAUGCCAUCCAAAAGCUGGGCAUUUCGGAUGCGAAGUCCUACAUCCGCAAGCAGUUCCCCAGCGAAGAGUUCCUCUUCCUCAAGCGUGUGGCUCUUGGCGCUCGACUUGUAGAGCUCACGGUGGUCACGGCGCUGAACGAAUGCAGUGCCACCAAGCAGUACCUGGAUCUGUCUACCGUCCUCCCAUCCAAUCUGUCGGAAGAGGACAUUGAGGAGGUUUUCGGCGCCAUCAUGGCCCAAAAGCACAGCAAUCCCAGCAACUUUGUGUACCUGGACAGCAUCGUAUUUUCGCAACCGUAUCUCGCGCAGCUGGUUCAGCCCUGUCAAGCAUUGGCUGAGUCUCAGGCAAAGGUGGCCAUCGACAGCGGUGUCUACCAGCAGUACAUCGUGGAGAAGACUCUGGCCCAGAAGGGAAACGUUUCGACCCAAGAGCUUGAGGAGGAUGGUAAGGUGGACAAGCGUGACGAGCGAAGAAAGAAAGCGUCUUCUGGCAAAGCAGGAGGCGGUUCUCAGGGGCGUGAGACCAAGACGAAGUCCACAAAGAAACACCAACGAGGCAAGGCUGCAGCUCAAAAUGACAGUGAUGAUGAGGACGAUGUGCUGCAAGGCUCUCGAGGUGGCGGUGGCGGUGGCGGAAACAAGAAGACAGUUAAGCCAUUGGAACUGGUCAAGACAACGGACAUUGUUAAAUUGAUCACUGCCAGCCUGGAGGAGGAGGGUUUGGAGCAUUUGUCGAGAUCUAUUGCUGCCCUGUAUACGAACCAAUUUAAUCAGACGGCUUUAACUCGUGCCCAGGAGUUGUUCGAAGCUACACCUCAAACAAAUCGCCGCCAGACCCAUGCUGCUAUCCAGGAUCGAAUCAAUACGCUGCUGAUAGAUAUAAGGCUGUACGAAAAGGGUUUGAAGCUUUUUCCCCAGGACACGCAGAUCCAGUUGGUUAAAUACCUGCUCAAAUCUUUGGGAAAUGAUAUUUGCAACGAACUUUCACUGUACGUGGCCAGCGAGUGCAAUCUGACUGUGAAAAAUACCAACCUUAAUGUGGACCAGCGUAAUAAGUUAGCUCAGGAGUGCGAUGCCCCUUACCGCGUUGCAUUGUUGGAACAAAACAAAGCCCUGAACAAGACCAUAGACGAUUUUGAAUUGGCAACGGAAGCUGUGCUUAAGACAUGUAGCAUGAUCAUCAAGAAGGUGGACAAGAAGAAGGAUCGCCUGCUGAUCGCGGACCACAAAAAGAAACUGCAGGAACAGCUGCUCGAGUGCCGGGAGCCGGCUCUGCUGCUGCAUCUGGCCGCACUGAUCCUUUUUACCACGAUCAGUGGUAAUAUUUUGCAUGCGUCCGGGAAAUUUGUCUCUGCUAUCCUGCAGCACAUUCGCGGAUCUCUGAAUGAGCCACAGAACGCUUUGCUGCUUCGAUAUCACGAUUUGGUCCUGCAAGUUCUUCAGGCAACGCCGGACAGCAGCGAGUCAAAGAUCGCCUACGAACAACUGCAAGCUAUGCAAACGGAAGUCGUGGAGUUGGCGCAGAAUUUUACACGCGCUUCGGCUUCCAAGGCUGAUUGAUGAUGCUCCCGCAUCGCUUAGGCUUCCCAAAGCAUAUCGUUGUAUCUUUAUUUUUAUUGGUUCUGGUCCAUAAUAGAUUUCGAAAUUGUUAAAUUUUCAUA